AUGACAAACCUAAUAACUAAAGCUUUAAGAGUAAAAACCAACUAUAUUAUUAUUUGUAACAAUCCAAGUGAUAAAAAAAAUUUUGAUUUAUGUUUACGAUAUAUAAAUGGAAUUGUAAAUAUAUUAUCAAAACAUGAAAAAAUAAUGGUUAUUGGUAAUUCAAAUACUGCAGAAAUAGUUUCCAAUUUCACCAAUGAUACUGAAAAGUUAUUAAGUGGAAUAAAAUUAAUAAGUUAUAAAGCAUCAUCUGUAAUAGGUAUAUACCCAUGGGCAAAAAAAGAAGAAAAAAAUUUAAAAAGCGCUUUAGAAAUAGCAUUUGCCAAUAUAGACAGUACAAGAGAAAAUGUUGUGAUGGUAAUUACCGAUGAGCUAUCCAAAGACGAUAAACAAUCUAAAGAUCUAAUUACAUCUAUGACAACUAAAGGUAUUAAAUUUUAUAAUAUUGGGGUUGGAAUAUCAAAAGAAAACAUGGAUGAAUUUUUUGUUCAACAAAGAAAUUAUAUUUUCCAAAAUUAUUUAGAAUUUUCUGAUAAAAUUAAAGAACUAGUACCACAAACAAUACACAAUCCAAUAGGUUUUUCAGUAUCUCCAACUAAAAACUCAAUACAAAAAUCAAGUAAAGAUUUUUCUAUUACUUUUUCAAUUUUUUCAAAAAUAAAUAAACCCUUUUUACCAAAUGGAGUUAUAAUUAAUUUUGAAGAAAAUGAAUAUUAUUUUCCUUAUAAAGUAGAAAAUGAAGUAUCAUUUGAUAGAAAUCCUUGUGAAUUACAAGUUAUUUUGAAAGUUAAAGAUAAUUGCGAUAUGAAUGAAUUUCCAAACUUUAUUAAGUUUAAUAUGGAAGUAAAUAAGAUAAAAUAUAAUUAUAAAUUAUCAAUUCCAUUUUUUUGGCUAAGUGAAGAUUAUGUUACAGAUUUCCCAAUUAACAUAUAUGUAGAUGGGGUAAUAGGUCAUGGCAAAUCUAGUGUUCUCAAUUUACUUUUCAAUCUCUUUACCACUGGGAAAAUUGACUACACAUUUUUUUAUAGUUCAAAACAAACUGGUCAUACAACAAAGGGAAUUCAUUUUAAUCCAAUUCAUCAAAUAUUAGAAAUUAAAAAUAAAAUGGAUAAAAUUCAAAUGUAUGAAGAGAUUAUCAAUAAAAUUAAAAUUAAUUUGGUAGACAAAGCAGGUAUCACCUCUUCAAAUAAUUUAUUAGAUUAUUCUUUAGCAGUUGAAGGAAAAUAUCACCCCGGCGAUUAUAUAAAAGAAAAUUGUCCAAUGGAAAUGUAUAAGUGCCACGCAGUCAUUUUUGUUUGUUCUAUGAACAUCGUUUCCAAUUAUAAUGAAGUUCAACUGAUUAAAAAAAAGAUAAAUGAAUGCAGUAAUAAUAUUCAACCCAUUUUGGUCGUUACUCAUAGUGAUCAUCAUUCUGAAAAAGAUCAAUUAAGAAUAAAAAAAGAAAUAAUGGAGAAGCUACCCGUUCAAGGGGACAACAUCUUCUAUGUUGUUCCUUACAUAAAUGAUAUCACAGUAAGAAAUUCUUCAAAAGAUUCAGUUGGAUGGAGAAUUUUAAAAAAAGCUCUCGAUAUCUCCAAAGCAACUUUAAAACAAGAAAUCAAAAAAAAUUCUUUUCUUCUACCAGAUCAAAAUAGUCAAGAAUCAUCUUCUAUUUCCUCACCUAUUCAAAGUAAUGUAACUUCACCUGAUAAGGCAGCAAAUGAAAAACCUCAAAACAUUUUUACUAUAUCUGUAGAUAGAGGAGGUGUCUGUAAUAAUUUUAAAGUUGCAAGAAAUACCAAAAUUGGAGAAUUUUAUGAAACUGUUUCAAAAAAUUUAAAUAUUACCUCAAAAUUCUCUAUUUUAGAUUCUGAUAAAUGUUGUUUUGAUCUUAAUUUAACAUUUAAUGAUUUAAUUAAUGAAAAUCAAACUAAUCUCUUUAUUAAAGAAUUUGAUUAA